GCAACAUUGCGUAGUAACACUCCUGGCAUUAGCCACCAGUUAGUUGAACAUAAAUUUCAAUUCGUUUGUCUCUUUUGGACACCAUUCGCAUUCCUUUAUUGCAGAGAACGUUUAAAACAGAGUUUAUUGCUUUAUGCUCCAGCAUUUCGAACUUUCUGUUGUAUUCGCCUCAACAUCGAUUGUGCUUUGUUUUAUGUGUGUAGCAAUUUUAUUAUCAAUGCUGAGGUUUUCGGUUGUUGAUUAAAAUCGAAAGCUUUUGCAUCAAAGAAUAAAAGAUAAAAGCAAAAUGGCUUCUGGAGGCUUAACGUGUGUAAAGUUUAUUACAUUUUUUUGUAAUUUACUUUUUGCUUUGACAGGUCUGCUCAUUCUCAUCGUGGGCGCUACGACGCAGCUAAACUAUGCGCACUAUUCGAAUUUCGUCAGCGAUCAUAUCUGGACUGUGCCCAUCAUUUUAAUCAUUGUUGGCGCUAUAAUAGCAUUCAUUUGCUUCCUUGGCUGUUGGGGCGCUUUGCAGGAGAAUAGUUGCAUGAUUUUGUCAUUUGCCAUUUUGGCGGUUAUUAUAUUCAUCUUCGAAAUCGGUUUGGGCAUAGCUGGUUUUGUUAAGCAUGCAGCUCUGAGCGAUAUAAUGGAGGGCCAAUUCAACUUCACCAUGAAGGAAUACAAUGAACGCAAGGAAAAUAGGGAUGCUUGGUCACUUUUGCAAAGUGAGAUGGAUUGUUGUGGCACUUUUGGUCCAAAAGAUUGGGAACCAAUAUUCCACAAUACCUCGUUGCCAUCUGCAUGCUGCGCUGUUAUCAAUCUAAACGAGGCUCAGGACUGUACUGUGGUUCAUGCUCACUCGGAAGGAUGUCUAAAUAAACUACUCAAACUUCUUGACUCCAAGACGUUGACCCUAGCUGGUGUGGUACUUGGAGUUGCGUGUAUUCAGCUUCUGACUAUUCUCUUCGCUUGCUGCCUGUUUCGUUCGUUCCGUCGUUAAUA